AUGGGGGGUGGGAGUGGGCACGUCAAAUAUCCACACCAUGAGUGGGGGCUCUAUAUCCACAACCAUGAGGUUUACACCAACAACCACAACUGUUCAUCACAACAGUGGCAGGACACACACGAGCGCCGCAGCUUUGCCACCUACCUCAGUGCUGCUGGCUACAGAACAGGUUACUUCGGCAAGUACCUCAACAAGUACAAUGGCUCGCACAUCCCAGCUGGCUGGCAGGAGUGGUCUGGCCUCAUCAAGAACUCCCGCUACUACAAUUAUACUGUUCAGCGCAAUGGCCACUUCAUCAAGUAUGGUGACCAUUAUCCGAAGGAUUAUUACCCACAUGUGAUCACCAACGAGGGCAUCCAGUUUCUGGAGAAGAACAAGGCCCAGGACUCACCUCCACCCAUGCUGCUGGUGCUGAGCUACCCAGCACCUCAUGGGCCAGAAGAUUCUGCCCCCGAGCAUGCCCAUCGCUUCUUCAAUGCCAGCGACCAUAAGUCAGUAACCAUAGCUUGUGUUAUACUCAUAAUGUAUAUUAUUAUUAUAAUCAAGGGGAAGCGCUAAACCUGUAGGAUUAUACAGCACCUGGGGGGGAUAUGGAAGGCAUUCAGGCUUAAUUUGGGGAACUGGAGCAGAGAUCCAAUUCCCUAAAUCAAGAGCCCCUCACCAACAUCAAGGAACCUUCCUUGAGGGAUCAUAAUGUAUAAUAAUUUAAUUAUUCAUUCUUGAUAAUCAUAUACAGUGGUACUUCGAAUUUCGGCCUUAAUUCAUUCCAGAAGACUGUUCGAGUGCCGUUACUGAACGAAUUUGUUCAUAUAAGGAAUAUUGUAAAUUAGAUUAAUUCGUUUCAGACCCCAAAAGCACACUUACAAAAUCACUUACAUAAAUACACUUACAUAAUUGUUCGAGUUUUGACCUGUUCGUAUUCCGAGGUACCACUGCACUUUAUUAAUUUAUAACAGAUACAGUAACUGCUGUGCACUAUUGAGACAUCUGAGGUGCUUUCAAAAUGUUUUCUGGCCUGUUGUGAAAAAAUCUAUAGGCUUACAUUGAUCCCAACACCUUUAGAAGUUAUGCACUGAUCCCGGUACCUCGGCCACUUAUUUUAUUUUAUUAUUAACACACUGGCCGAUUCCCACCAAGGCAGGGUGGCCCGAAAAAGAAAAACUUUCACCAUCAUUCACUCCAUCACUGCCGUGCCAGAAGGGUGAUUAACACUACAGUUUUUAACACUUCUUAACAUUUCUGGAACUCAUUUUGUAGCGGUGUCUAGCACAACCUGUGAGUCUGCUUGAACCUUCUCCAUACUGUCCAUGUGGUGACUCGGCAACCAACAUUUGCCGAAGCUUUUUGUGACUUUUGCUUUUCAUUUUACCAAGCUUGAAGCAGAACUGUAUACACGUGCUGUUCUCUCUUUUAAAGAUUUCGUUCUGUUACACAGAAAAUCAAAACAGUGUGUUGACAUGACGAUAAUGCUGGUCCAGCCUUAGCAGAAUGACCGACCUCACUGCAACUCACCGUGCUAGUUCAUAAAGGAGUUUAUUGCAUAAUGUGAUCUAUGCUGCCACCUUACGUCUCCCAAGAACAUGCAAAAAUUUGAGUCCAGGAACUUUCUGAAAGCACCUCAUAUAACUGAAUAAGUGAUCUCAUAGAUUAACCCUUUGAGGGUCGACAGGCCCUCUCCGAAACUCGUUCUCAGGGUCGGCCAAAUUUAAAAAAAAAAAAAAAUUAUUUUCUCUUAUGAAAAGAUAGAGAAUCUUUUCCCAAUCAUAAA